AUGUCUGAUCACCCCAAAACUCCCAUUAUGCCCGCGGAGAUCCCUUCAUUGGGCCUUUUUUACCCUGACAACGGAGCCCCUGGCUUCCAGAAAUCCCAAAAAAUCGUACGCACUCCAGUCAAAGGAGAAAGACCACUAAUACAGCCGUCCAAACUGGACAAAGAAAAAGACAAAAAGCCAAAAAAGAAAAAAUCAAGCAAGUCUGGCGAUGACUCUAAUGUCACCGGAAACUCUAAAUCCUCCAUCUCGCCAAAUAUCAUAUCAAAAAUUGAUCAGCUUUACCAUUCUACCCAUGAAUCCCACCCAAGAACGGAAAACCCUGACAAAGAAUGCCUUGAAACUUAUCGUUUACAACGCGAGAAUGCUAGACUAAUAGACAUGGUGGAGAGUUUAACCGCUCAACUCUCUAAUCAAGCGGCCCAAAUAGAUUCUCUGCAGAAGCAACUCGAAUUACUAAAUGCAAAUUUCACAGCCCUGCAAAACAAAGACCACAGUAAUUCCACAAAUGCCCAUGAUUCCUCCCCAACGGGGCAAAAUCACGCUAGCAAGCGCAAAAGAACCACUCCUAGCUCUCCAGAAUCUAAGGAAGCCACAGAGCCUAUGGACAACGAACCAAUUGAGCAACAACCAUCCACUCACAACUCACCAGCUCCGGACCGGGACUUUCCAGCGCUUCCAUCUCAGAGCGGAAAAUCUUAUGAGCCCCCUGUAUCAAGGCCCCCCCCAACUACCUUCAAGCCAAAAUCAAUCACAAAUGAGCCUAGCACUGGCGAAUAUCUGCCUCCAACUCAACAAUCUAGCAAAUCUCCGGAUCCAACCCCCAUUCCGAUUAAACAGGAUAAAAUUCCACCAAUCAUCCUAAGAAAAAAAUCUAGAUGGACGAUGGUAUCCAGUGCCAUCUCCAAGUUGAACUUAAAAUUCUCUAAGGCCACUAACACACAAGACGGAGUGAAAUUUUUCCCAUGCUCAAGUGACGAUUACAGAGGCAUCACUAGAUUCCUAUCAGAAAAUGGGGAGGAAUACCAUACAUACAUGCUCCCGGAGGAAAAAACCGUGCAAGUGGUAAUCCGAGGACUUCCCCUGGAAAUUGAUAUUGCAGACAUUAAACAAGACCUGCUGGACCACCAGUACCACCCCACCAUAGUCACAAGAAUGAGAAGAGGACAAGAAAAAACGGUUAUGCCACUAGUACUAGUAAAGGUGCCCCCGGAUGAGGACAGAAUAUUCAACCUAGAAUGGAUAAGAAAUAUGUCUCACGAUUUGUGGAGCAAUUACCCCAAACUAAGGCAUACCAAAGAAUUUUUAAAAGGAAGAUCUCCCAAAUUUACGGAAAACCUUCUUAGGCGGUCCACGGAAGGGUCUGAUCACGGGCCACUGCAGUCUUAA